UGCAAUUGUCAAUCAAAUUUUGAGGUGGCUGGGACGGUUACAAUUUGUAAUUUAUUGUUUUUGUGAGUUCCUUAAGUUAAAAUUUCAUCAUUUAACAAAAACAUUUUCACGAUAAAAGUUUAUUAUUAUUUCAUAAAAUGGAACCAAUGACUUUAGGAAGUCCUACUCACUCUCCUUCGGGAAGUCCCAAUGUAGGAUAUCUACCACCUUUUCUCUUAGGGGAAAUAAACCCGCCAACGACACCAAGAACUAACAGUCUAUCACCGACAAAGGGUCGAAACAUGGCAUUUGGAUCACCCACAAGCCCGAGCCAGACUUCAACACCGGAUCAGAAAAUGUAUAGAUCAAAUGUGUCAAUGCAUCAGCAGGCUCUGUACAAUCAGCAGAAUGUGUUUGCAAACAUCCCCACCUCACCCAACAUGUCAUACUCUAGCAAACCCAAUGGUCCACCCAUAGAGGAUCUUUUUGAUACUAUAAAAAGCAAUGAACCAACUAACAAGUCAAUGUAUCAAGAUAGCUUCCUUGCCUUUGGGAAUAACGGUUCAAUGAUGCAGAACUCAUAUGUUAAUACAUCAAUGAACAAUCAGUCAAUCACAACCCACUGGCAAGAUGGCUGUCAAGAACAAGAUGAGUAUUGGAUUACUGUUUUCGGCUUUCCACCAAAUGCUGCCAACACUGUGUUAGCUAGAUUUAGCAAUUGUGGUGCCAUUUUAGAUAAGCAGUACCCAACACAAGGCAACUGGGCUAAUGUGCAGUAUGCCACCCGGGCAGAGAAAGAACGGGCACUAGCUUUAAAUGGUAGACAGAUCAUACCUGGUGUUAUGGUUGGAGUGAUUGAAUGCAGAGAACCUCCCAAAAUGGCCUCAUCACAUCCAGGGAUAACUUCACCUGAGAGGCAUCCAACAGUGAGGUCUUUGUGUCCUACACCUAUCGCCUCAGCCCCAGUUCCUCAGAGAUCAAAUGGAAUCAUCGCCAAAGCUCUUGACUAUGUACUAGGAUGGUGACACAUAAUUCCUAGAUACAUUCAGACACUUGCAAGUUCAUUAAAAUAACUCUUGCAUAAGAAUUGACUAUAAAUCUGACUUCCCUUCGUAAACAUAUUUGACAAACUAACAGUGACAUAAAAAAAUAUAAUAUUUAUGUAAGUUAAUAAAAAAUUGGUACACAAUUCAGUUUCAAUGACAUGUAAAACCAGAAUUAUCAUUGUUCCUUGUUUUUUUAUAAAUAA